AGUUCAUUUUGUUUCAUGAAACUGAACAGACUGGAAAUUUCCAGCUCAAGAAUUCAUAAUUUUUCUUUUAAAAAAAUGUCAGCCCCAACAUCCGACGAAUUGCAACUGAUUGAAAUAUUUCGUCGUCGUCUCAUCAACGUGGAAGAUGACCUUCGUGACCGUCGACUCUCCGCGCCACGUCAACUGCUCAGGUGGAUCCGCGCGAGGGAAAAUGACCUCGUGAAGGCGGAGGAAAUGUUGCGAAAUCAUUUAGCUUGGCGAAAACUUCGUGGGAUUGGACCUUCCCUUUUGCAGUGGACGGCUCCACCCAUGCUCACGACGACGUAUUCCGUCAAACUGGUCGGGUUUGAUAAGGAAGGGUCGCCCAUCCUUUUCCUCCCGUUUGGAUCGUGGGAUAUUCGACAAGCUUUAGAAAAAGGACAUAAGGAAGCCAUGGUCAAGUAUAAGGACAAGAUUUUGGAACAGAUUAUGCAACUCAUGCACAUCCACGAGGAUUUGUUCCCGUCAAGUAGUGUGACCCAAUUCAUAGCGGUGUCGGAUUGGGAAGGAUUUUCGUUAAGAUACAUCAUGAAUAAAGAAGUCGUGGAAAUAAUUCUAGACGCGGCUCGCUCAUUCGAAGCCAAUUAUCCCGAAACGUUAAAAUCUGGAUUUAACAUCAACUGUCCGAAAGUAUUUACAGUUCUGUUUAACUUGAUAAAACCUUUUUUAACGGAGCGAACGCUGUCCAAAAUUUCAAUUUUUGACUCAAACUCGUCAAAAUGGAGGCCUCAAUUGGAGAAAGUUGUCGAUUUGGGGUUGCUUCCAGAGAAAUAUGGAGGAUCGAGGGAAAAGAUUGGGAAAAUUAGUCCGACACCAUGGGACCUGCACAACCUCCGCUUGGAAGAAGGUGACCCUACCUUGGAAUCCAUCAUACUUGGAUGCAGGUCAGCCAUCAAGACCUCAUCAAGUUCGGAUAUAAUGCAAGAAGAGGAUUUAACCAAUAUUCGUGUCGCACCCGGAUAUAAGGUUCACAUUCCUGUGAAGGUAGCUCGACUGGGAGAUAGAAUCCGAUGGUAUUUUCGUAUCGAAGAGAAGGACAUUUCUUUCUCCGUGGUACAAUUUCAACCUCCAGAAACCAUGUUGGAACCACGGAAGGAAGUCGUCCCUCCCGUGCGGGUCGAGGGGGAAAGCAGUGGUUCCCAUAUUUGCGAAGCUGUGGGAGACUUUGCUAUUUGUUUUGACAAUUCGUAUUCUACUUUUAAAGCUAAAUUUGUCGAGUAUCGAGUAGCUGUGGAUAACCCGUUUGGAAAAUAAUGAAAAAACUUGAAGAAUUUAAUGGUUUAGUUUUCAUUAAAUAAACUGUUGGAAUUAUAUGUGAAUAAAUUGUCUAAAUUUAAAAUAAACUAUUUUUCUGUGCUGAGCCAA